UUUGAACAGUCUAUCUCUCGAGCCUCGAGUCCGAUUCCGCAGUCUAUUGUCCUCAAUCUAUCUCCGACUUCCGCGGGGAUCAUCGUAUCAAUGGAGCUAUCUGAUGACCGACAUAUGGAGAUGCGGGAGAUCCAGAAGCUGGAAGGCCACUCCGAUAGAGUGUGGAACGUCGCGUGGAACCCGGACUCCACCGCCCCGCCCAUGCUGGCCUCCUGCGGCGCCGACAAGACCGUCAGGAUCUGGCAGCAAGGGACUUCUGGAUCCUGGGUUUGCAAGGCUGUUCUUGAAGAUAGCCAUACUCGUACAGUUAGAUCUUGUGCUUGGUCCCCUUGUGGAAAGUUAUUAGCUACUGCAAGUUUUGAUGCUACAACUGCCAUAUGGAGACAUAUUAGUGGUGACUUUGAAUGCAUUGCAACGUUAGAGGGUCAUGAAAAUGAAGUGAAGAGCGUUUCUUGGAAUGCCUCUGGAUCAUUGCUUGCUACAUGUAGUCGAGAUAAAACUGUUUGGAUCUGGGAAAUGCUGCCCAGCUCUGAGUUUGAGUGUGUUUCAGUAUUACAAGGUCAUACACAGGAUGUUAAGAUGGUUCAAUGGCAUCCGUUUUUGGAUAUUUUAGUUUCUGUCAGCUAUGAUAACUCCGUCAAGGUCUGGGCAGAGGAUGGUGGUGGUGAUGACUGGAACUGUGUGCAAACAAUUGAUGAAAUUAGCAGUGGUCAUACAUCUACGGUCUGGGCACUAUCUUUCAACUCAGCGGGGGAUAGAAUGGUUACUUGCAGUGAUGAUCUUACAUUGAAGAUAUGGGAUACCUCAAGCAACCUACAGGGAAUGAAUGGGGAUACUGAUAGCUGCAAACUUUGGAAACACCUAUGUACAUUUCCUGGCUACCAUGAUCGAACAAUAUUUACUGUGCAUUGGUCAAGGGAGGAUGUGAUUGCUAGUGGAGCAGGUGAUGACACCAUAUGUCUCUUUUAUGAGAGCAAAGAGAUUUCGGAUGCUAAACCAAAUUACAAGAUUCUGCUGAAGAAGGAAAAGGCACACGAGAUGGACAUAAACUCAGUGCAAUGGAAUCCCAAGGAACCUCGGAUUCUUGCUUCAGCUAGCGACGAUGGCACAAUAAGGAUAUGGGAACUAUCAGAAGUGACAAGAUGAUCAUUAGAGCCAUGCAAAUUUCGAUAAGAUUAUAUGUUAUGCAUCCUGAUAUGUAUAAGAGGUGCUUGCUUCUAUGUUGUAGUGGAACAAAGCAAUUAAAAGAAGAUUGAAACAGUUGAAUUUUACCAAGAUAUGUUCAUGACAAUUCUGAAAAAUGACGUGGACGUGGUGAAGAUAAAUUGGUAAGUGAAAGACAUGGUGCAGUAAAAGGGAAGGAAUUCCAAGCAGAGUUAUGGAGUAUAUAUGAAAGAUGGAUUUGAAUAGUUUCAGAUGUUACUUAUGAAGUUUGUGAUAGAUUUAUUAAUUAAAUUUUAAAUAUUAGUUUCAAACAAGGUGAUUUAGGGUUAAGAUUGUAUCAGCAUUGAACUUUCCUCCUCUCUUUUCUGAAUUUCUCUUUAAUAGUAUGAUAUUAGAGUGAAUAUUUCCAUUGCUUA